GCACGAGACCGCCCCCUCGCCUCAAGUAUCUCUGUAUGGAGGGGGGAGAGCGACGGUUUCCAGGCGUCUCCAGCCGUCUCAAUCACUCAUUCCGUCUAUUCCUUUCAACACCAUUUAUUCUUCCUAUCUGAGGACUUACUUACUUACCGUCGUUGCGACUACUCCACAACCUCCCCUCUAGGAAAGCACGUCUACACGUGAUUUUCCAACAUUAUUCGCGGGGAAUAUUGGGUUGGACGGCUGAAAACCUUUGCUACAUAUCCAUCCGGCAAACGCAGUCGACGUCGACUUAAGCAAAACGACCGAUCGGCAAUAAGACUAGCAAGAUAGCGAAGCGAGCGGAUAAGCAUGGCUAGUCUUUUAAGUUCUGCUCGUCGGUUCCGGGACUCGGUACAAAGGGAGAAGAGAGGGGGGUGCGAGGGAUCGAGGCUGAAGCGAGACGCGAGUGGACGAAGACGAAGGAAGGCGGUUGAAGAGGCAGAGAAGGCGGUGCAAGAGGUACAGGAGGUACAGGAGAUGCAGCAGCAGCAGCAGCAGGAGGAGGAGGCGGUGGUAGUGGUGGUGGUGGAAGAGGAGAAACGCCAAAGCAGCCAUGGCAAACAACAAGACAAGCAAUCAUCACGAAGGACACCGGUACCACGACGAGGAAUGCGCGUUGAGAAAUCCCUAUUGCUCAACGAUACCGAUCCCAAAUCGUCGCCAGUACUCGUUUCAAGGGCGGACGGGGUUUCCGGGGAAGACGUGGAAGAUGGCCGCCAACCAUCGACGUCGACGUCACGGUCACGUGUCGCGGGGAUACGACAAGGAACGCGACGAUCCGGCAAAACACGUUUAUCGGCUGUUCCCACUUUGGCUAGACCCCCUGGUGAUUCCCGCCAAUCUCAGAUCGUUGCUGGCUCCAGGAAGCCGAGGGCAGAAGUGUGGAGAGUGCUUCCUAGUAUCGAAAUGCUGAAGGAGGGUUGGGAGGAGGAGGAUGAGGAACUCAUAUAUGAUGGGGAUACUAUUCGAGUGUGGCUACCAUGGGCAGAUUUUAGGCGUCCAGUUGAACACGAACCGGAAUUGGAUCAGGCCGUGGAAGCAGUGGCGGAACCAAUGGUUGAGCCUGAGGUGGAGCCCGAGAGAGAACCUAAUGUAGAAGUUGGGGUGGAACCUGACGUGGAGCUCGAAAUUACAGUCCAAGAUGAUGCUCAGGCAGAUCAAGACCUUCCUGAGGUUACAACAGAGGAUGAAGAAGAAGAAGAAGCAUAUGUGCCGCAGGAAGCUAUUGGGGCCAAUGGUGGGGCCGGAGACCGAGGAACAGAUGUAACGGAGCCCGCAACACCGCCGCUCAGUCUCCGAGCCUUCCGCGCCAACGAGGAGAGGCGGCUGAGAGAUACGGCUCUAGCAGAGAAUGGAAAGCAGGUGCAAUAUUUUGCGGCUACUGCCGUUACGCCCACUCAAAUCAGGAGAAGUUCGCGUCGCAAGAGUUCUCUGGCCUUCCAAGGACCCCCAGACCGGAGAACGCCCAGUGAACAAGAAGAGGAACUAACCUGGAAUGCGCCACCUCUAUCGCCGACCUGGUCAUCACCACCACCGUCUCAUGUGCGCCGACGGAAAUCAUUCGCUAUAGGAACUCUUGCAAGGGCGGGUCCGAAGACUCCUGCGCCGAGGCUUAGGCGGACAAAGAGCGGACCGCUACGAAAAAAGCGCGACAACUACUGGAGCAAAAUGCCCGAACUUGAUAGUAUGUGCCGAAAUAUGGACUACUAUUACCCAGAGGGCAGCUCACCAGUGCACCUGCCCGCCACGCCCUUGGCAUGGCGGGCGGAGCUGCGCAGGAACGAACAUUCUUCCCUGACAUGGGCCGACACUCCGUCUAGAAGUGCCCCCGAUUCCGGGCUCCCUCCCCACUCAGGGCCUCGCCUAGGAUCGGUGGUGAUCCCCCUCCUCCCAUCACCCGCACCCACCCUUGACUACGCACCUCCGUCAAUAUUUGAACCCGGUUCACCUCCACCACCGCCAUCGCCGCUACGAUUUUCGCUCGGCACUAGCCCCGAAAUCAAUGGCUGCGGCAUCAACAACCUCGGCGGCGGCGGCGAGGGCAUCACUUCCGGGGACGAAAAUGCCGCCUUAUUUGCCCCUAUUCCAGGCAACCCGCUACGGAUCGGGUCUGCCGCCUUCAUUCCAAGAUCUCCGGCCCUCCAUAUGAUGUUCCCCGGUCCAAGGCCAUUUUCUCCGCAGGAGGCACCCUUACCCCCGCCCGAAAUUCCUUGUCAGAUAUGCCACUCCCUGCAUCUCGGCGCUCGAUGGGAAUACGAUCCUUGCGGACACCAUGCCUGUGAAUGGUGCUGGUAUACGGUUUGGGAGACUUCACAGGUACGCAACGGUGCAACGGAAAAUUAUGCGGAUGUUUCCUGUGGUGUAUGUAAAGAGAUUGUGGUCGAGCUUCAGGUGAUUGGAACGGAAGAGAGGUGGAGUGCUGUCGGCGAGGUGGUGAAGCCACAGCCCAUUAUUACAUCAGUGAGGAAGCGAUAUAAGUGGAAUCCAUACGGCACCCCGGAGCCCAUACGACCGGGUAGACGGAGAAAGAAAUAGAUGGGUUCUGUAUGGGAGGUUCAAGAGCCCGUGUUUCCUAGCUACUUUUAGCUAUAAAAUACUAAUACCCCUCCUACGCUACACAAACAAGCAAGAAAACAAAUCGUUACAAAACCCAAAACA